UUACUUUCGCGCGCAAACAUGGCCGCCGUGCGCUGUGCUGUUGUUGAUCUCGUUAUUUUCAUUGAAAAGUCUGACUUAGUCGGACCGACAGCUGCGGGUAUAAAAAUAAAAAAUAUUACGACAGCAAGCAUGAAGGCAGACCGGACUUGAGAGUGGGCGCUGAUGCUCGUGGCCGACCCUGUGCGAUGGACGAAGAGCUGCACUCGGCCCUGCUGGGCAGCAAGCAGCGCUCGCUGACCCCCAGUUCGCGGGAUUCAGUCUGCCAGUCAUGGUCCGAAAUCUAUUCGGAGGUGUGCGAGCUGCGCCGACAGCUGUCCUCACUGGCUAGCAUGCUGCCUAGCUCGAUCGCCUUCCGUAGCGUGCCGGGCACCAGCAAGACGCGCAUCUACUUCCUUGGCGCGCCGCCCAGCACCGCCUGGGAAUCCACCCUGCUCGCAACCGACAUCCCAGCCCCUGGCGAAGCGGAAUCAAACAGGAGUCUUCUGCAGUGGCAUCCUGUAUUAGAGGCAAACUUCCAAUCGCUCACAAGUGGCAGUCGGUUGUCCAGAGAGGAACAGCUGCUCUGGGAACGCAAGCGACUGGCAACCUGGGGCUUAACUUCCUACGAACUGCAUGCCGAAAGCGGUCGCAUCGUCUUUCCUGUCGCCAGCAGACUUUAUCAAUGCGUGGACAUCGCGCUAAACGUGAGUGCUCUUCGCCCAAGCGAGUUGGACCCAAGCAUGAGCCAAACAAAAAUGAGUCCACAGAUAUGCCCGUCAAACCCAGACCUAGUCGCUUUUGUUUGCAACCACGACAUUUGGCUCACAAAUAGCUUAUCAGGGAGCUCUGUGCGGCUGACGCACUACCACAAAGGGGCUCCAUUCAAUUUAAUCGACGACCCCCUGGGCGCCGGAUCACCAAGCUAUGUGAUGCAGGAAGAGUUCAGCCGGUACCAGGGAUAUUGGUGGCAGCCAAAGCAGACCUUGCCAGGCGUCUACCAAAUCUUGUUUGAAUUGGUGGACGAGUCAAACGUCGAGGUGAGCUGCUUCCCCAGCGUGACUGGCGUAGAAGAGCUUCGGUUCCCUCGCGCAGGCACUGCCAACGCCAAGUCGGAACUCAAGAUGCUGCAGUUCAAGAUUGGCAGCGCCAGCAUGCGACCUACCGAUGUCAAAAUCCUCAACCUCAGUCGCAGCUUGGACAACCUUUUUCCUUACCAUGAGUAUUUGGUUCGCGUUGGUUGGGUCUCUGAUGGAACACACUUGUGGUGUCAGCUACUAGACAGGCGGCAGCAGCAGCUGGACCUGGUGCUGGUUUCUGUUGACUCAUUCUGUGUCGAGGAGGAAGAUGGGGAGGCAAAUCCCCAGCAGCCCUCACCGCACAGCCUGCAUCCACUUAACGUGCACUUGCUCUACUCGGAGUCGACCAGCGUGUGGAUCAACGUGCACGACAUCCUGCACUUUUUUCCGUCUGAGGUUAAGGGCAAACUCACCUUUCUUUGGGCCAGCGAGGAAAGCGGCUUUCGCCAUCUCUACCUUGUCACAGUCGCGCUCGCGUCUCAGCUCGGCAACUGUGUUGAUGAAGCGGUUCCGUUAGAUGGCUUGCAAAGGGCAAAAGUCGUAAAAAGAUUGGCAUUGACAUCAGGCGAUUGGGAGAUUCUACCUCGCUCUGUUUGGGUGGAUGAGGACCACGAGCUUGUCUACUUCAUAGGCAUGCGUGAAACGCCCCUGGAGAAACAUCUCUAUGUUGUCUCUUUACGUCAACCAGGUGAAAUCCGACUGCUCACAAGACCUGGAUAUUCUUACAGUAUAGACAUGAAUAAAGAAUGCACUUUGGUUGUCGGCGUUUAUAGCAAUAUUCGACAGCUGCCAGCGUGUCAAGUAUUUCGUGUGACUUUGUCUGACUGGACAGUUGAUGGCGUCAACCUUAGUCCGAUAGGAUAUCUGCUAGAACCAUCGUUUCCAGACGUGGACUGUCAUUGUCCUGAAAUCCUGACGCACCAACUUAAGUCUGGUGAGACGCUGUACGCGAUGUUGUUCAAACCGACUGGAUUUGAUCCGGAAAGGCAGUAUCCAACAGUGUUGAACGUUUAUGGAGGGCCGGAGGUUCAGCUUGUGUCUAACUCGUUCAAGGGAAUGCGCCAUCUACGCAUGCACAUGCUCGCCUCCAGGGGCUAUUGCGUGCUCGCCAUCGACUCCAGGGGUUCUCUGCACAGAGGCAUCAAGUUUGAAAGCCACAUCCACUUCCGCAUGGGUCAAGUAGAGCUAGCGGACCAAGUGGAAGUGCUGCAGGGGCUGGCCAAUAAGCUCGGAUUCAUCGAUAUGGACCGCGUGGCUAUUCACGGCUGGUCUUACGGUGGAUACAUGAGUCUCCUUGGACUUGCUCUCUUUCCUGAGAUUUUUAAGGUGUCAAUAGCCGGGGCGCCAGUGACUUCGUGGAGUUUUUACGACACUGGGUACACAGAGAGGUACAUGGGCUUGCCUGAGGGCAACGUGCUGGGCUACAGAUCUGGCUGCGUCCUUCAAUACAUCAACCAGUUCCCAGAUGAUGAGGACCGAUUAUUGAUAAUUCAUGGACUGCUAGACGAAAACGUCCAUUUUCAGCACACAAGCAUGUUAAUCAACGCGCUGGUCAAAGCUGGAAAGCCAUAUCAAUUGCAGGUUUACCCCAACGAGCGUCACAGUCUCCGCAGUGUUGACGCCAGCAAGCACUACGAAACUAAACUGCUGGCGUUUCUCAACAAAAACCUGUGAGCCCGAGUUGUUUUUCCUCUCAUCGAGCGAACAACUGUGAGUGGAAUGGAAAUGUAUUUGUGAUUAACACCUGUUUCAACAGCUUAUCUGCUUCUGCAGGAGUAAGCAAAGACAUUGGGCCGCAUUACUUAUUAUAAUGGUUUGUCUGUAACACACUUCAUAAGGCUGUGUUUACCUCAAUUCGAAAAUCCCUAACAACACAUCAUUGCGGAGUUAUUAGGCCUGAGCUUGUAUUUUAUUUUUCCCUGAAAAUUUUCUGGAAAGUAAAAUGGAUACCCUAUCAAGAGUCAUUUAGGUUGUAACGAUGUGUUGUUAAUAGUGCAAUAAUAAGUUAGCAUAAAAAAAAUUAAAAAAUUAUCAAUUUAUUCAUUAUUUUUUAAACACUUCAUUUUUUAUUCAUUUAUUAAUGUCUAUCGUUGACACUAUUUAUUCACUAGUUGAAAAAAAAUUUGAACAAAUUGAUCAUUUUUCAAAUUUACGUUUAUCUGUUAAACUCACAUUGCAAAGUAAACAACACAUUGUUACAAGGUUGCCAAUCGAACUGUGCGUGGAUCUUACUCUAUUUUAUUGUUUACAAUUUUGACUCUCAGAAAUAUUAAAAACCCGUGUGAGUAAUCUUUAUUAGUCCCUGAAAUCUUUUGUAAAGUUUUUUAAACUCGUGUCAAAGGCACCAAAUUUUUAGUGAGUAAAGACCGAUGUGGACGUGUGUGCAUGUUGAGGAAUUUUCCUCGGUAAAGCAAUCAAAACAACGCGGUUUUAAUCAAAUUUUUAACAAUUCGCUUGCGACAUACUUGCUGGAGAACCACAUACAGGAUGAAGAGGUAUGAAAAUGAUUAAGUAGAUCGAUUUUGUGGCGUGAUUGAAAAGCGAGGCAGCUGCAAUGCAUGUAUUUUGUUGUGACCAGUAUUAGCAACGGUUUUAGAAGCGGCCGAGGCUAAGUUAGGUAGCCUCUCAAUCUAAUUUAAAAUGUUCGUUACUUAAUCAAAAGAAAAUUAAUUUACACGCACGAGAACGUGCAAGAGAACGAUGAUUAAGAUAAUCCUCUGUAUUGCAUUCUGAGCGCAUAUUGCCAAUAAUAAAUAUGAAAAUUUCAAAUGCCAGCUAACAAA